AUGAAGUACCAAGUCUACCUCGCAGCUGCUGCGGCAGCCUUUGGCGCCGCCGAUGCCCAGUGUAAUGCAAACAACUGUGCUCGAGCCGUUACGGGAACCCGUCUUGGUCCCCAGACUCAAGCUUCCCGCAGGGCCGACUGCUCAUCCUUCCAGAGGACUACUAUCACCCGCUUUGAGACGACCACCUUCGUCACUGUCACCUCUUCCGCCACUUUUGACGUUACUCGCACAUUCGCCCCUUCCACCGUGACCGUCACCACCACCGUCCCGCCAAUUAUCAUCGAUCCUUCUUUCUCCAUCGGCCUCCCUGAGCCUCCUGUCGUCACCAGCUUCUCGGGCCCUGACCGCCGUGACCUUGAGGGCCGUCAACUGGUUUCCUCGGCCAUCUUCCCCCCUGUCCCGUUCUACGCUUCUGCAUGCAGCGGUGCGUCUGCUUACCGCUCUGCUUGCUCUUGCUGGGGUAUCACUGCCAGCUUCGUCACCAACAGCUUCCCGGGCACCACGACUAUCACCAUCACCUCGCUUGAUAUCGACACUAUCUCCGUCAUUGGAACUGGUGUGACGACCACUACUGUCCGCAUCACAUCUACCCCAACCAGCUUCGUCUUGCCCUCGUCUACGUCGACUGAUGACGACGUUUCCGAGACCGUGGAGCCAACUUCCUCUGAGACUGAGGGCCCCUCUUCUACCGAUGCCGAGCCCUCCGUCACCUCUACAGAUGAGCCAUCGUCUACCGAGACUGAUGAGCCUUCCGCCACCGAGACUGACGAGCCCUCUGCGACUUCAACUGACGAGCCGUCCGCUACCGAGACCGAGGAACCCUCAGCUACCGAGACUGACGAGCCUUCUGCUACUUCCAGCGACGAGCCUUCCGCCACUGAGACCGAUGAGCCUUCUGCUACCUCCACAGAUGAGCCCUCGGCUACUGAGACGGACGAACCCUCUGCCACCGAGACCGAUGAGCCCUCGGCCACUGAGACUGAUGGACCUUCCGCCACCGAGACUGACGAGCCGGUUCCCUCCACCACCGAUGUCUUCCCCACCAGCGUCCUCCCGGACCCCACGACCUUCGCCACCAGCCUUCUUCCCGUGACCUCUGAUGAAGCCACUCCUACGUCCUCUGACGUUGAGCCCUCCUCCACCGCCGGCCCUGAUAUCUGCACAACCUUCGGAUCCAGAUUCCCGUACUCUCCUUCCACGCUCUUGACCUUCUGCUCUUGCAGCUACAGCAACCCCACCUGUGCCGAGGGCACCAGCCAGAACCAGCGCACGCUUCCCCUCAUCCUCAGCAUCGAGAUCUGCGCCAACUCCUGCGACCUCUUCGCCAACUGCGUCGCCUUCUCUUACAACGCAGUCACCCUGGAGUGCCGUCUCCUCGACGCCGACGGCUUCGGAACCACCACCGGAUCCAGCGAUUGGGUCCUGGUCGACCGUACCAGCGGAUCUUGCAGCAGGGACACGUGCGAGCCCGGCACGGCCUCCCCCUCGCCUUCGGCUACGCCCUCGACGCUCCCUUAA